UGAUCUGACCUACCUUGAUCUGGUCGGGCCCAUUCCAUCCCUCGCCACUCUCACUGACCUUACACACCUAGCUAUUGUGGCGGGUCUUGAUAGCAGUCCUACUGGCACUCUGGAGGGACUGGCUUGGCUCUCCUCCCUCACCAACCUGCAAACACU